GUGGGCUGGGCCGCACUUCCUGCUAAGACGGCAGCAGGAGGAGGAGCAGAAAACAUCCGAGGAGAGGAAGGUGUCGACAACUGACAACACUUUCACAAAGACAAACGCGGAAAGUGUUGCAACCUGCCGUAGUCGUGUCCGCCACAGAGAGAUGCUGACUUCAUUGUGACGGUGACGAGGGAAAACCAGGCCAGCGACGCAGCAAGCUGACCUGCCAUGGCUGCCCGGCAUCAGAGGCCAGCAGACACGGCAGACGGUUCAGUGGAGUCCAAAAGGACUGAGAAAAAGUGCUCCUGGGCCUCCUACAUGACCAAUUCUCCUACUGUGAUUGUGAUGAUUGGGUUGCCUGCUCGGGGGAAAACCUACAUGUCCAAGAAGCUGACGCGCUACCUCAACUGGAUUGGAGUACCGACUAAAGUAUUCAACCUUGGAGUUUAUAGGAGAGAAGCCGUGAAGUCAUACAAGUCCUAUGACUUUUUCAGACAUGACAACGAAGAAGCCAUGCAAAUAAGAAAACAGUGUGCUCUGGUGGCAUUACAAGAUGUCAAGUCCUAUCUGAAAGAGGAAGGAGGGCAGAUUGCUGUAUUUGAUGCUACCAACACCACCAGGGAGAGGCGGGAGCUCAUCCUUAAUUUUGCAAAGGAUAAUUCAUACAAGGUGUUUUUCGUAGAAUCUUUAUGUGACGAUCCAGAUGUCAUUGCUGCAAACAUUCUGGAUGUGAAGGUAUCAAGUCCUGACUACCCAGAGAGGGACAGAGAAAGUGUCAUGGAAGAUUUUCUCAAGAGGAUAGAGUGUUAUAAAGUAACUUACCAGCCUUUGGAUCCAGAUGAACAUGACAAGAGCCUGUCCUUUAUUCAGGUCAUCAACGUUGGCCGUCGUUUCCUUGUCAACAGGGUGCAGGAUUACAUUCAGAGUAAAAUUGUCUACUACCUCAUGAACAUCCAUGUGCACUCCCACUCCAUCUACCUCUGUCGACAUGGAGAGAGCCAUCACAAUCAGCAGGGACGCAUUGGCGGAGAUUCUGAGCUGUCAGAUAGAGGGAAACAGUUUGCUGUAGCACUGAAGGGUUUUGUCAAGGAACAUCGUCUGUCAGACCUGAAAGUUUGGACCAGUCAGCUGAGGCGCACAAUUCAGACUGCAGAGGAGCUUGGCGUUCCCUACGAGCAAUGGAAGAUCCUUAACGAGAUUGAUGCUGGAGUUUGUGAAGAAAUGACGUACAAAAUAAUUGAGGAAACGUACCCAGAUGAAUACGCCAUGAGGUACCAGGACAAGUAUCACUACCGCUAUCCAGGAGGAGAAUCCUACCAGGACCUUGUGCAGCGGCUGGAGCCAGUUAUCAUGGAGCUGGAGCGACAGGGCAACGUGCUGGUCAUCUGUCAUCAAGCCGUCAUGCGUUGCCUUCUUGCCUACUUCCUGGACAAGAGCGCAGACGAUCUUCCAUACUUGAAGUGUCCCUUGCACACUGUCCUCAAACUCACCCCUGUGGCUUAUGGUUGUGAAGUGGACAUGUUUGACCUGAAGGUGGAGGCUGUCAACACUCACAAGGACAGACCUUUAAACAAAGAACGAGAAGUUCCGCCAGCUUUCUACCGGAGGAAUAGCUUCACACCUCUGUCCAGCCACGACCAGAUCAAGCGGCCUCGCCUUUACAGUGUCGGCAACCCUCCGCAACCUCGCUUGUCCCAGACUCCUGCUUUACCCAACCUGCAAUUCUCUGAGCUAUCGGAGGGCGUGGAGCUGCGAGAAAGAGAGGACUCCCUGAACGGCUUCAGUGCAGGAGACACAAACGACUGUCCUGGCAGCUAAAGAAAAGGUUAUUUAAUCUCGACAUACAUCGUUGACCAAAUGUCUCCAUGUGUACCUUCCGCUUGUACAAAUAGUUGUUUGUUUGCCACAUGAAACUUCAACCCAAUCACUGUAUAGAGAUGUCAUACGAUUUAAGACUCCAUCCAUUAGUUGUUUGCAAAUACAGUGGGGCAAAAAAGUAUUUAGGCAGCCACCAAUUGUGCAAGUUCUCCCACUUAAAAAGAUGUGAGAGGCCUGUAAAUUUAAUCAUAGGUAUACCUCACCUCUGAGAGACAAAAUGAGAAGAAGAAAAUCCCGAAAAUCACAUUGUCUGAUUUUUAAAGAAUUUAUUAGCAAAUUGUGGUGGAAAAUAAGAAUUUGGUUACCAACAAACAAGCAAGAGCUGUAACUUCUUCUUUAAGAGGCUCCUCUUGUUCUCCACUCGUUACCUGUAUUAAUGGCACCUGUCCAGAACCUCAAACAGUCGUACUCCAAACUCCACUAUGGACAAGACCAAAGAGCUGUCAAAGGACACCAGAAACAAAAUUGCGGACCUGCACCAGGCUCGGAAGACUGAAUCUGCAAUAGGUAAGCAGCUUUGUGUGAAGAAAUCAACUGUGGGAGCAAUUAUUAGAAAAUGGACGAUAUACAAGACCACUGAUAAUCUCCCUCGAUCUGGGGCUCCACGCAACAUCUCACCCCGUGGGGUCAAAAUGAUCACAAGAACGGUGAGCAAAAAUCCCAGAACCACACAGGGGGACCUAGUGAAUGACCUGCAGAGAGCUGGGACCAACGUAACAAAGGCUACCAUCAGUAACAGUAACACGCCGCCACGGACUCAAAUCCUGCAGUGCCAGAUGUGUCUCCCUGCUAAAGCCAGUAUAUGUCCAGGCCCAUCUGAAGUUUGCUAGAGAGCAUUUGGAUGAUCCAGAAGAGGAUUGGGAGAAUGUCAUAUGGUCAGAUGAAACCAAAGUAGACGUUUUUGGUAAAAACUCAACUUGUCGUGUUUGGAGGAGAAAGAAUGCUGAGUUGCAUCCGAAGAACACCAUACCUAAUGUGAAGCAUGGGGGGUGGAAACAUCAAGCUUUGGGGCUGCUUUUCUACAAAGGGACCAGCCACCAGCCAGCUUUGAGUGAAAACCUCCUUCCAUCAGCAAGGGCAUUGAAGAUGAAACAUGGCUGGGUCUUUCAGCAUGUCGAUGAUCCCAAACACACCGCCCGGGGAACGAAGGAGUGGCUUAGUAAGAAGCAUUUCAAGGUCCUGGACGUUGUCCUAGCCAGUCUCCAGAUCUCAACCCAAUAGAAAAUCUUUGGAGGGAGUUGAAAGUCUGUGUUGCCCAGCGACAGCCCCAAAACAUCACUGCUCUAGAGGAGAUCUGCAUGGAGGAAUGGGCCAAAAUACCAGCAACAGUGUGUGAAAACCUUGGGAAGACCUUUGUCAUUGCCAACUAAGGGUAUAUAACAAAGUAUUGAGAUGAACUUUUGUUAUUGACCAAAUACUUAUUUCCAUCAUAAUUUGCUCACAAAUUAUUAUUAUUUUUUUCUCAUUUUGUCCCCGAUAGGUGAGGUAUAUCUAUGAUGAAAAUUACAGACCUCGCUCAUCUUUUUAAGUGGGAGCACUUGCACGAUUGGUGGCUGACUAAAUACUUUUUUGCCCAACUGUAGGUAGCUAGGGUGUCAAAUGUGUAGUUUCCUAUCUCUGUCUUGUACACUGUAAUCCUUUUUAUGGUCACACAAGCAACACCUCUGCAAAAUUAAGAGACCACUCCUAAAAUGAUAUUUUACACCGGCUUUACUGUUAGUAGAUAAAAUGAACAUAUUGGUUUUAUUCGAUAAACCACUGAGACCAUUACUCCUAAAUUCCAAAUGAAAAUAUUGUCACUCAAAACACUACAACUGGUCAAAGUAACAACUAAGAUGCAGUGCUGUUUCAGAAGAAAAUAAGUUUAUAGUCAUCUUAAAACAGCAAGAUCCUUUAUUUAUUUUUAUUUUAAUCUUUGGCAGAGUUCAGAAAUCAAUAAUGGGAUGACCUUGAUUUGACUUGAUGCCACUCCUGGCACAGAAAUCCAAACAACUUGGCUUUGUUGGGUGUUAACAAAAACAAUCCUCGGAGUUGGGGAACAUUGUCAAAAACAGAAGGAAGCACAUUGUUUCCAGGACAACCGCCAGAUCAAAAUAAAUUUUACACAGAAUUUCAGACAUGGCUUGUAGGCUUCUCCGUGGCAUUCAUAUGACCAUUUGAUGGCCAGGCAAAGGCAAAUGCUGAAAAUGACAAUCAGAAGAUGAACUUACUCUGCGCAUCUACACUCUGGUCCUUCCUUCUCAUUGAUGAAGGGGUUUUUUUCCCCCCUAACUGCAUGACUUUUGGCUCUUCCUCUCACAGCCUAUUCCAAACUUUCCCCCCUGUGCCAACUGCCAUUUGCCAAAUUAUUUUUUGAAGAUCACUCCGGUUGUUGAAUGAUAUUCAAAGGCAUUGGCGGUUAUCCCGGUGACUGGAGAGUUGUUUUUGUCCCGUGCUGGUCUGUAGCUUUGUUGUAACUAAUGUCUGCGACUUGCCCUUUUUCUUACGAGCUGCCCUUUGAUGGAUGAAAUCAUUUGAUGUCCACUGUAUUUAUUACCUCUGUUUAACCUUUUCAUUAAAUAGAAUCAGAAACAAGACACUGGAAUGGAAUGGCAGCCAUGAAUGUAGAUAUGUUGAUUUAAGGAACAUUUUGAGUGGUCUCUAAAUGUAUUAGAGUUGUGUUUUUCACAUGUCCCUGGCAUCGGGCAGAAUCCUCGCAUUUUCAAAACAAUCCCUUUUUCAGGAUAAAAAAAAAAAAGGCACGUUUGUUCCGCCUUUAACAUUGCAUUAUCAAUGAGAGCAAGCCAUUCUCAACACUUAAGAUUGGUCAAGAAUUUGUAAAAAUAAUAGACCCAUGUGGGAACUGACUAAUAGACCUCGAUUUGUGAAAAGAUUAUGAAAUUGACCAAAUUUGGACAUGGGACGUUUCCGCUUCCGCUUGUCGCCAGCAUUAUAUUAUGGCUUCAUGAUGAUGGCUGGUGUUGUCAAAGCGAUUAAAACAAUAAAUAAAAAUAAUAAUAAAAUAAAAAACAACAAAAAUGUCAUGCUGACACAUUGAGAGGAUCGAUUAUUUAAAAAAUGUCCCAUAUGUGUCUGAACUGUUAGGAUUGUUGAUGCACCCUAAAUAGUCUUACCAACUCAUGCAAAGUUUUACAUAAAAGGAAAGAUAAUUUUCCGUGAUCUUUAAUACCUUUUAUCACACCAACUGCCCUUCCAACUGUUUCUAGCUCCUUUUCUUUAUUCAUGGUCACACAAUAUCUGAUUGUGAGUGUUUAAAUUACAUUUGAACCAUCUGAAAUUCAAUGCAGUUACUAAGGGCUCGAGUAUGCAAGGGUACAGGUAUGUCUCUUUGUAAUGAAAAGCUUGUCAUUAUGAUUGUCUAAACUGUAGACAAAAUAGAAAGCGUGCACUACUCAGUUGAACUUUAAGGACACCAUUGAUGGAGGAGCGGUGGAACAACUUUGAAAGUGGGGCGAGGCACAGUACUUUUGGGGCACUUUUUCCUGUUCCCCUCCAUAACCAAUUGUCGACAGGGGGGUGCUGACCUAAGAUUUUCAAGGGCACUUUUGUCGAUCCUAGGGCAAUUUUUCUCGCACACAUAGGGUAAAAAAGGGGCACUUGCCCUCCAGAACCCCCCGGUUCCUCCGCCUCUACAUUCAUGCAAUGUAAAAAUUAAGAAUCAGGCUAGUGAGGAUAAGCGGUAAAGAAAAUGGAUGGAUGGAUGGAUGGAUGGAUGGAUGGAUGGAAUAAAUACAAAAGUGCCUCCCUAUAACAAGCUACAGGGUGCAUUUUAAAGUUCUUCAAAUGAUUAUGAAAGGAAAUAAUGAUUUUAUUUUUGUAUUUUUUUUUUAACCUGUGCUUGGUUUCAUGUUGCUUCUAAACAAUCGUAUAUGCUGGGAUCAGACAAACAAAUGUGUAUAUCUUACAGUCAACCAAAGCCAACUCUACAUGAAUGAUUAAGAUAUUUAUGAUCUGUUUGCUUCAAUUGCUGAUGUUUUUCAGAAUCCCAUUUCAGAAUCAUUGCCAUUUUGUAUGACUCACAAUGAUGUAUCCAAAGUAUUACAUCGGCAUUUGGCGACAUGACGACUUGCGUGUCUGAGAACUUUAAUCUGCUUGUUGUUUUGGUGUAUUAAGUGAUGACAGAAACAGCCUUUAAAGAUUUGAUGUGCACAUAACACUGUUGUGCCACCUAGUAAUAUUUGAGGACCACAUGAAAAGCAUUGUUAUAGUGAUUCAGCCUACUGUAAUUUUAUUGUAUAGUUUUAAAUUUGCAUGCAUUUCACGGUUUAUGUCAAGUCUGAUAAUAAACACAGUACAAUACAAUUCAA